AUGUCUGGCUGCCUUAUCCUCCCCACUGACCACAUCCGGCACUCUCUCUCUCACUUAUCCUCUCCCGUCGACCUCCUCCCCACCAGCCUUGUAAUCCAAUCCAAGGAGUCCACCGGCCUCGAGGCCAUCUGCAAGCACCUCAAGCCUAGCCUCUGCACGGAGUUCACCUACAUCGUCUGCAAGGGGGACCCCAUCGACGAGAUUAUCCUCAUCAUCCGGGGCCACCUUGAGAGCUCCACCACCGAUGGCGGCUGCAUGAGGUUCUACAACCGGGGCCUACUGAAGGAAGGGGACUUCUGCGGCGAGGAGCUACUCACGUGGGUGCUCAAUCCCAAGGCCGACGCCAACUUCCCGCUCUCCACGUGCACCAUUAGGGCCAUCUCCGAGGUUGAGGCCUUCAUGCUGCACGCCGAGGAGCUCAAGUUCGUCGCUGGCCAGUUCCAGUGGCUGCACAGCACGACAGCUGUAGCAUACGAUAGUGGGCGGCCGAGUAGCUUGAUUUUUGUGAAUGUUAUGUGA